AGUCAGUGCCGGAUCAGCCGGGCUGUGGUUUGUACGUUGGACUGCGUGCGGCCAGCAGUAACAGCCUCGUUGAUCAGGCCCUGAUCCACCGAGAGGCCUGGUCGUGGACCGGGCCGCGGGGGCGUUGAUCCCCGGAAUACCCUCCAGAUAUCAUUUGAUGGAUUGUGUUACAAGAGCGAAAAAGAAUGAGUACGCUUGCUGGCAGUAGUUCAUAUACAACGAUAAAUCUCAGCAUGUGUUAAUCAGCCAGCAGCUAGUGAGAGACUGAAUCUCCAGACCUGAGUUUGUCGCUAAGACUUCCGGCAAGUGUUCUGACGUCAAGGAUUCUCUGGCAAUAUAUUCCACCCCCCGCCAGGCCUUGACGGAGCCAGUGUGAUGCUGUUACUCACCGCUCGAAGAUGUGUAUAUCACAUGCACCUCACUGCUCUCAAAACUCUUUCAUCUUCAUUUCACUUACCAAAAUAAAAGGCAUGGCGGUGGUGUACAAAAUCCUUGCUGUUCUGGUGGUUGUAAAUAACAUGCUGGUCCCGACCUCUUGUGGCUCCAUUAAACUGCAUCAACUUACCAGGUAUAUGGUUGAUGGUAACCAUGAUGGAGCCAUCUGGCAGGCUCCAGUUAUGUCGGAGAUGGAGGAUGUUACUGUGGACAGUGGAUUCAGUGAUUUUGGGACAAGUGGAGUCAGAGCCAGGUUUGAAGCAAAUAGACUCGGUCCCACGGUCGAAGGUGAAUUUCAGUCAAACUUCGUAGAAAAUGAACUUGAAUCCGGGGUUGAAGCAAAUGGACUCGAAUCCAGGAUUGGAGCAAAUGAAUUCGAAUCUAGGGUUGAAGCAAAUGAAUUUGAAUCUAGGACUGAAGCAAAUGAAUUUGAAUCUGGGGUUGAAGGAAAUGGACUCGAAUCCAGGAUUGGAGCAAAUGAAUUCGAAUCUGGGAUUGAAGGAAAUGGACUUGAAUCUAGGGUUGAAGCAAACAGACUUGGAUCCAGGGUUGAAGCAAAUAGACUUGGAUCCAGGCUGGAAGCAAAAGGUGUUGACUCAAGUGAUUUGCGUAGACAAAGUCAUACUGGAAGAGUGCGCACGAAGGCAGACCUUGAAGAAGACAGACAUGUUAGAUCUUUUUUUCUGCUGGGACGUGCUUAUGCUGCCCCGGGCUGGAACUUCCCACUGAUGGAACCCGUGGCUGGUAGGCUGGGAACCAGCUACCCUGAGACCGGAACAUACCAGAGAGGAGACAAAAGUAGGGUCCAAAAACGCAGCUCGGUACGCGAGAGAACACACAAUGGCAAGAAAAAUUCAAAGAUGAAUAAAAUUAAAAUGUGCAACGUGAAACCGUGGAAAGUUAAACCCAAGCCAUGUAAGGUUUCUAGCUUAAUUACCCCUUCAACGACCUUCUUUAAGAUUAACAAUCUCCUAAGCCAUCUCACGGGCGGUGAAUGUGAAAGGAGUGUGAUAGGGAGCCUCACAUCACCAGAGCAACAUAGCAUCAUUGACUCUAUACCUGUGUCCAGGUGUGAUCACAGUUUAAGUGGAUGCAGCUUUGGUGAACCCUUUCCUAAAGUUCAUAAACACAUUGUCAAAGAAGCCAAAAUACAAAUCACCAACCAAACCUACUCUGGCUUUCUUAUUUUUAAAUACAAAGAUGCCAAAAACUGCAUGUGUACAAACUCAAACACUUCAGACAACCCCUAUCCGAAAAUUUAUGAUAUGUAUCUAUUAUUUGAAGGACAAAGGAAAUAUAAAGUGAAUGACUCUUGCUACAGAAACUUUGUGUUGGGGUGAAGAUCUCGUCUCUGAUGAUAAUAUUUUGUAAAACAACGAUUUUUAUAAUUAUAUGAGAUAGAACAUUACUCUUCCUCAUCUUAUUUCAAAUUAAUCUGAGGGUAGCACUAAACCCAUAGGGGUCAUAUAGCUCCUGGGUUUGAGAAGCAAUCAGGUUUAAUCCCAGAAGGGAGAGGAUAGCACAGUUCCUCGGAUCAAGAACCCCUUACCGGUAUCAAGGGCCCUUUGAGGGGAGGAUGGCUCUUUCCCAAUCCAUGAAGCUGCGUUACCUUUAUCUGGCGGGAAGACUCCAUGGAUUGGGUUUGAGUUAUUAGCAUUCAAAAUCUCCGCUCCCUUGUCCCUCAAGAUCUGUUUUUAGGCGACAUAUAGCUAAGUGGAGAGAUUUUCUCACACCCGAAAGGUGCCGGGUUCGAUUCCGGAUCAACAUAACACAUGUAUACGUUUCUUUAUGCUUGCUGUCCAUGGUGACCUUGCAGUUGUGAAAACGGGUUUGUGAGUGUUAGCACUUUUAUGACCUGUGAGUCGUCUCGAGGAAAGUUAUUCUAUGCAACUAUUUAAAAAAUUGCGUUCCUGUUGGUGUAACUACUUCAGCCGUACCCAUCCAUUUAUAAGGGAAGAGUAACGCCUGUUCCUUCAUUAUUAAUGAGGGAGAGAAGACAGACAGAGGAGUCCAAGCCUUUGCAGUGAGUGGAACAACACAUGAAAGUUUGUAAAUGAACUGUAGAGAAAAAAUAAUUAUUAGAGUACUUUUCAGCAGUACAGUUUGUAUUCCCAUGUCUCAUAAUUGUGUAAUAUAUCAUUGUAAUAUUCCCUAUAGCAUUAUAUUAUUUUCCUCCCAUUAACCUUGUAUAAGUGGCACUACCAAAGUGUGGAUCCCUAUACUUUCAGUGUCAGUGUAAUAAUUGUAAUCCUUCAUAUAUUUGAAUCUAAUUUUCAUCACUAUAAUUUCGCUUUUAUAUUAUGUUUGGUGGAAGCAUAGGGGUCCUACAGCGCCUGGGGAAUGGAAGAUAUUCAGGUUCGAAGAAAAAUAUUAGUUUCUCCCUGAAGCCAUUUGAAAUAGUCCAUUUUCUCUACUACUCAAUCCAUUAUGCCUGAACAAAUAACAAUAAUAUCUUUAUUUCUACAAGUACAUGUACAAGGCAUACAGGCCUAGCUGACAUCAACGACAUACUACUAUAUAGAAAGUUGCUUGUUAUGAUGAGCAUUUCGGGCAAAUUAGGUCAGUUUUGUCCCAGGAUGCGACCCACACCAGUCGACUAACACCCAGGUACCCAUUUUAUACUGAUGGGUGAACAGGAGCAGCAGGUAUCGUAUGGAAACACGUCCCUAAUGUUUUCCAGCCGUACCGUAGGUUUAUACAUUGAUGGUACAAAGUUUCAGUAUGCCAUACAUAAGGUCUGAGGGAUACAUUGCAAAUAUAUGUAUACGUGUUUGUCAAAAAUUACAUUACAUAUAACUCAUCCAGCUCCUCAAAGAUGGGGCGCAUAACCAGGAUACGACAGUCAUUACCUCUCUGAACUCAAGAAUUGAGCCACCGGAACAGAAAAUUAGCUGCCCUGGUAUCCUUAGUUACCCUGAUGAAUCUUUUGUCUAGCUCCUUAAGGAGCUUGGAUGCACUCUUUACCCACGGGCCAUGGGUCUCUGAAUCUAAUACAUAAUAAGGAGCACGCUCACCAUAUUUUCUAAACUUUUGGGGCUCCCUGAAACUGGCAGCUGCCUUUCCUUCCUCCCUGCAGUACUGAUAUAGGUAUCAGUCAAUGUGGAUGCACAUGUGUAGCCCCACACCACUUACCGCCUGUCCACGCUUGCUAGGUAGUAAUUCCAUCUGGACGAUUUUGGGUGCCAUUGGAUCUGCAUAGUUGGGGUAACUCCUUUAUUACUUGGGAUUCGGCUGUUGCAAAACUUCUCUUGGUAUUAUUAACGUCUUCAUGAAUUGCAAUAUUUAACUUGGAUCUACGGUAAACAAAACCAUGAUAUCCGAACUGGUCUGUCAAUGUACUGCCGCAGAUACAUCUGUGUUCGGCGAGAAUAGGGGCGGAAAAGCGAAGAGCAACACCAACCCUGAUGGCCCGCUGGUCGAGGCGUGUGGUGUGGGACCUGGAGUUUACCUGGAGAGAGUUCCGGGGGUCAACGCCCCCGCGGCCCGGUCUGUGACCAGGCCUCCUGGUGGAUCAGAGCCUGAUCAACCAGGCUGUUGCUGCUGGCUGCACGCAAACCAACGUACGAGCCACAGCCCGGCAGGUCAGGAACCGACUUUAGGUGCUUGUCCAGUGCCAGCUUGAAGACUGCCAGGGGUCUGUUGGUAAUCCCCCUUAUGUAUGCUGGGAGGCAGUUG